AUGUCACGCCUUUAUGCGAGCCUCAAAGGCCGUGACACGUAUUACGACCGGCGCUCGGCGAACAGCUUAGAAGAAUGGAAGGCGAAGGUGGCGCGGUCCUGCGUGGUGUAUGUCGGAAAUCUGAACUUUUCGACGACAGAAGAUGAACUCUACGAGGUCUUCAGCCACGCAGGCCUCGUUCGUCGGGUCGUGAUGGGGCUGAACAGGCAGACGCGGUCGCCGUGCGGCUUCGCCUUCGUUGAAUAUUUUCGUCCUCGCUCGGCCCAAGUCGCCAUCGCCGUUCUCAACGGAUGCAACUGCGACGGCCGCGUCAUUCGCGUCGACGCCGACAGCGGCGAAGACAUCGACGGCGACCGGAAAUAUGGACGAGGCUUCACGGGCCGACAGUGGCGCGACGAGUACCGCGAGGAGUACGAUGUCGGGCGAGGCGGCGAGGGCCGGAAGAGAGCCCGCGAGGAGCACGGCUUUGACCCGAGCAAUCCAGUCUUGUACGCGGCGCCGAUGCAUGCGUUGCCGAACGCGGCGGGGCUGUUUCCUGCACAGCCGGUGGGUGCCUUCGUCUCCGGCGCGGUUGUCGCGAACGACAACUUGCCGCCUUGGUCGCGCAACGUGAGGGCGAAGACGGCGGUCCCCCCUCCGCCGGGGGUGCUCUCGACAGAGCCUGCGUUCGCGUUGCCGGUCAGCGCACAGGCUGUGGCGCCCGGGUCGGGAGGCGCCGCAGGGUUCGGCUCUUACCUGCAGCUGGUUGGAAAUGCACAGAAUGGCAACGACCGCAGAAAUCCGAGGGGACACAACCCAUUUGCAGCCGCAGGGACUGGAUUCUUCAAAGGCGGCGGAGGUCGAAGAGGCGGCAGAAGAAGAUGA